ACUUCCUAUUAUCAUGCAGAUACCAGAGAGGUCUGAAUUUGAUGAAAUUACUAUCUUGUACAUGCAGGUUCCAGUUGGACACCCAGGGGAGAUAGAGGAAAUUUUUGACACGAUUUCUUACAACAAAGGCGCUUCAAUUAUCAGAAUGCUGCAUCAAUAUGUAGGAGAUCAAGACUUUAGGAAAGGCCUGAAUCACUACCUGAAAAAGUUUGAAUACAGCGCCGCCUCUACAGAUGAUUUGUGGGCCAGCCUGUCUCAUGCCAGUUCCAAACCUGUGGCUGCUGUCAUGGACACAUGGACAAAACAAAUGGGAUUUCCGGUGCUGUCUGUAACUGCAGAACAGAAAGGAGACUCGAUGGAGCUCACUAUAUCUCAGAGGAAGUUUUCAGCAGAUGGUGCAACAAAAGAUUCCUCUCAGUGGAAGGUACCUGUUGCUGUGUGCACCAGUGCAAGUCCCGUAGAGCCUGUAGCUGAUUCGUUGUUAGAAAAGAACUCUUGUACUGUCGUAGUCACUGGAGUUGGGAAAGACCAGUGGAUUAAGGUAAGGUGUUGUCAGCUCUAGGAGUAUAAAUGGGUACAGGCAGGCAGCAAAGGCUAUGGUUAACCCUUGAUGGACUAACAUAUGAUCCAGGGAGAUUAGCAAUACAGUUACAGCGAAACCUGUAUUAAACGGACACCCCUGGGACCCUUACUAGUGUCCGCUUAAUACAGGAUGUCCGCUCUAAACAGGUUCUAAUAUAUUGUGCAAUGAUAGUUAAUUAU